AACUUGAGGAGCACAGUGAUGCACGCACAGACUUUAUAGCUCGCCCCUAAAGUAGAACCAGUUGUAGUUUAGAAUCCAUGACAGGUGUCUGUGGGAGCUGAGCAUCAAUACAAGCUCCACUUGUUAGUUUGCCGAAGUUCACUGUUCGCUGCUGACUUUGUUUUGUGUGGUCGGGCUAACGCAAAGUUAGCUAGGAUGCUAACAUGAUGCUAAACCCAUCGGGCGGUUUACCAGAUGACCGGAAAUCCAUGUACAGCCAGUCGCCAAACAGCGUGUACAGAACUGGCGAUAAAACCAGCCCCAUCAGCGUCAUCCUGGUGAGCUCCGGCAGCCGAGGGAACAAGCUCCUCUUCCGGUAUCCGUUCCAGAGAGCGGCGGAGUGCCCGGCAUCUCUCACAGCUAAACAGCGGAGUCCAUAUGCACAGAACACAACUGGGGACGUUGUUGAAGAUCAGGAUGGUGACUCGAGGGAACAAUCUCCACUAACUGACGAACAGUUGGUAGCAGGGUUCUCUGACAUCAUCCUCGCCACCAUCCUGGCCACCAAAUCCGACAUGUGUGGAAAGAAGUUUGAACUGAAGAUAGACAAUGUUCGGUUUGUGGGUCACCCGACUCUCCUCCAACAUCCACCCAUCAUUCAGGUUUCUAAAACAGAUCCUUCCCCAAAGAGAGAGAUGCCCACGAUGAUCUUGUUUAAUGUGGUGUUUGCACUCAGGGCGAACGCCGAUCCCUCCGUCAUCAGCUGCAUGCACAACCUGUCGCGCCGCAUCGCCAUCGCUCUGCAGCACGAGGAGCGGCGCUGCCAGUACCUGACCAGAGAGGCCAAACUGAUGCUGGCCGUCCAGGAUGAGAUCACUACCACGACUGAGACAGAUGGAAGCCCCCAGUCCCCAUUUAGACAAAUCCUUCCUAAAUGUAAACUAGCCAGGGACCUGAAGGAGGCAUAUGACAGCCUUUGUACAACUGGUGUUGUGCGACUACAUAUAAACAACUGGCUGGAGGUGAGUUUCUGUUUACCCCACAAGAUCCACAGGAUUGCUGGCAACCACAUCCCCCCAGAGGCAUUAGAGCGCAGCCUUAAGGCCAUAAGACCGUAUCAUGCCUUGUUGCUACUGGAGAGUGAGAAGGCUCUACUGAGUCAGCUCCCUCUGGACUGCUCGCCUGCAAUGGUGCGACUCAUCAAGACCUGCUCGGCUGUGAAGAACCUGCAGCAGCUCGCCCAGGACACUGACCUGGCCUUACUCCAGAUCUUUCAAAUCGCAGCACACUUGGUUUACUGGGGCAAAGCGAUCAUCAUCUACCCGCUGUGCGAGAACAACGUGUACAUGCUGUCUCCUCAUGCCAACAUCUGCCUAUACUCAACGCUGGCUGAGCACUUUGCUCAGCAGUUUCCGGGUCAUGAUCUUCCGAGCAUGUUAGCCAAGUUCUCACUACCUGUCUCACUGGCUGAGUUCCGAAACCCCCUGGAUGCUCCUGCACAGGAGGCCCAGCUGAUUCAAAUGGUGGUGUGGAUGCUUCAGCGCCGCCUGAUGAUCCAGCUGCACACUUAUGUUUGCCUGCUGGUGCUGCCCAACGAGGAUGAGCCUGGGCUGAGGGAAGAAGACCCUCCGCUGGCCGCCAGAGUAGGAGGCCGAAGUCUCAGUACCCCUAGUGCCCUCAGCUUCGGUUCCCCAACCAGCAGCGAUGAUAUGACCCUCACCAGUCCCAGUAUGGACAACUCCAGUGCCGAGCUGCUGCCUGGUGGAGACUCUCCACUAAAUAAAAGGAUGACGGAGACUCUGCUCGCCAGCCUGUCAGAGCAUGAGAGGCAGGUUAUACUGAACAUCCCAGCAGCACAAAAUCCAGAGGAUCUGCGGAUGUUUGCCAGGCUGCUGCACUAUUUCCGGGGGCAUCAUCACCUGGAAGAGAUUAUGUACAAUGAGAACAUGAGGCGCUCGCAGCUCAAGACGCUGUUUGACAAGUUCCGCAGUGUCCUCGUGGUGACCAACCACGAGGAUCCCAUCAUUUCAAUCUUCCAGUCACCCAUGGCGUAGUGGCACAGAGACAUUAUCUGCUCUCAGCAACUGGAAGAGAUGAGCGGCCAAUAACCUGCUGUGCUCACAGCAAUAUCAGGAUUUCAAAAUCAUUACACAAAUUGAUUGCAUUAAUGUGUGCAGAUUUACAAGGUGUAGAAAGUGUUUUAGCUUUACGAGCCAAAUGUUUGUUUACAAUAUUAAAUUAUUUUGUACA